AUGAAUCGUGAUGCUCAGUUGAUUGAAUGUUUGGAGUCCGACCGAGAAACUCUUAUCAAUUUCAAAAAUGGUACUGAUGAUCUUGAAAAUAGACUUUCCUCGUGGAAGGGAAGAAACUGCUGUCAAUGGCAGGGAAUAAGCUGCAAAAACAGGACAAAAGCUGUGAUUGCAAUUGAUCCAUACUUAACCCAUAUCCACAACAUGAUGAUUCUUCUAAUAGGAUUCCACUUGGUGCCCAAGUUGCAGAUUUUAUAUCUUGCUGGGAAUAAAAAUCUUACAGCAAGUGGUAUUCCUGAAUCCAUUGGCAAACUCUGCAACAUGGACCUUUUUCGUAUGUCCAUUAAUAACUUGACUAGUACUUUACCCGAAUUCCUUGAAGGAAUAGAACACUACUUUUCUCAGAGUCCACUUCCUAGCUUGAAGUAUUUGGAUUUGUCCACCAAUCAACUUGUUGGUAAAUUACCAGAAUGGUUGAGUAAACUUGAGAAUCUUGUUAAGCUAAACUUGUACAACAACUCAAUACAUGGUCCAAACCCUGUUCCUUUUGGAGAAUCAACACAAAAUCUUACAGAACUAGUAAUAGAAAAAAUAGACUAA